UCCCACAGGGACUUGGAGCCUUUACAUUCCAGUCAUUCCAGCCGCAGCGAACAAUCGGCCCUCAGUUAUUUAUUCGUGCAGCGCGCAGCUUCGGUCCACUCAGUCUGCUGUUGGCUGUCGGUGCGCUCAAACACACACACACACACGUUACGUUACAUGGAGGAAAACGGAGGAAGGAACUUGUGGACAUUGUUGAACUGAGCACGGACUACUUUGGAGAUCACGCCACCGUUUACCGUUUCCCGUGUGAUGAGACGAUCAUUUGGUUUGUGACGUACCCUCAAACUGCCACCUCAAGGCUGUUUUUUUUGCCUAUUUCCCACUGACUGACAUGAGAACCGCUGAAGGCUCAUCUGGAACGGUCCUGCACCGUCUCAUCCAAGAGCAGCUCCGCUACGGCAAUCUGACGGACACUCGCACGCUUCUGGCUAUCCAGCAGCAGGCCCUGCGUGGAGUCAGCAGCAGCAGCAGCGGAGGCGGCGGCAGUCCUCGCUCCUCUCUGGAGAGCCUGACUCAGGAGGAGCCCCAGUACAUGCAGAUGUCCACGCGACAGGACCCCCAGGGCCAGGAGCACCAGGGGGACUGUGUGCACUCCGAGAGCAAGGUGUGCCGCCUGUACCAGCUCCAUGGAGAGGAGCUGCCCACGUACGAGGAGGCGAAGGCCCACUCCCAGUACCUGAUCUCCCAGAAGGGGCAGGCAGAGCAGGAGGGACCCGGCGUGGAUAUUCUGGGGAGCCACGGCGAGGGGCAGUGGGAUUUGAAAAGGGAGCAUGCUCGCUCCCUCAGCGAGAGGCUCAUGCAGCUCUCUUUGGAGAGGAAUGGUCUUAGAGACAGUCUGGCCAUGAGCACCUCACACAGCUAUCCACAGCUGCAUGAUAAUAUUACAAAAGCCUUGGCAGCCGACAGGCAGGCAGCCCAACAACAGUGCGUGGACCAGCGUGGGCCGCCCCCGGACUACCCUCUGUUCGCCAGACUUCCUGGAUACAUGCUCAGCCACUCACAGGAGCAUGGGCAGUACUACAGAGACCCUCCUCCCCCCUUCUACUCACAGCAUCACAGCAGGUACACAUCGGCUCAGUCCCAGGUGGCUCCCAACAGCAUCAACGCAGCCCCUGGCAAUGGCUCGGCUCAGACCGAGGUGUUGGUGCGGGAGAAUGAGUGGCUCAGGAAGGAGCUGGAGGCCCACACUGAGAAGGCCGUCAGGCUGCAGAAGUUGGAGCUGGAAAUCCAAAGGAUAUCUGAGGCGUAUGAGACUCUGAUGAAAGGCUCUGCCAAGCGGGAGACUCUGGAGAAAACAAUGAGGAAUAAACUAGAGGCCGAGAUUAAGAGGAUGCACGACUUCAACAGAGAUCUGAGGGAUCAGCUCGACUCAGCCACCAAACAGCGGUCGGCCAGGGAGGCCGAGUGUUCGGACCAGAGACAGCAUGUCUUUGUUAAGCUGCUAGAGCAGAAUGAAGAGCAGCAGCGGGAGCGCGAACAGCUGGAGAGGCAGAUACAACAGCUGCGCGUCUCCGGCGAGGAGGGCCAGCGGCGACGGGAGCUGCUCGAGCAGACGCUGGCCUCGACGCAGGCCCGCAACCGGCAGCUGGAGGAGGAGCUGCAGAGGAAGAGGGCCUACGUAGCCAAGGUGGAGCGGCUGCAGAGCGCGCUGGCUCAGCUGCAGGCGGCGUGCGAGAAGAGGGAGGAGCUGGAGCUGCGACUGCGCACGCGACUGGAGCAGGAACUGAAAAGCCUUAGGGCACAGCAGUCUCAGAGACAGGCAGCUGACCCCACGGCUUCAGAACCGAGCCCCUCCACGUUGCAGCAGCAGCUGAGGGAGAAAGAGGAGCGCGUUCUGGCCCUGGAGGCAGACAUCACCAAGUGGGAGCAAAAGUACCUGGAGGAGAGCACCAUGAGGCAGUUUGCAAUGGACGCAGCUGCCACUGCUGCAGCACAGAGAGAUACAACCAUCAUCAAUCACUCACCUCGACAUUCACCAAACAGCAGUUUCAAUGAUGACCUGCCUUUGGCAAGUCAUAGGCAUCAGGAGAUGGAGAACAGGAUCCGCGCACUUCACGCUCAGCUCCUGGAGAAGGAUGCUGUGAUCAAAGUCAUCCAGCAGCGCUCCAGAUGGGAGCAGGGCAAGCUGGAGAAACAGGGGCUCCGUCCCGCCAGGUCCGUCCCCUCCAUCAACACCGUGACCAGCAGCAUGGAGAGUAAAGGAAAGAGCCUCUCGGAUGACCAGACAGGCGCCGCUGCGCUGCAACCCCGGCCCCGAGCAGGGCCCAGGGCCCCGAGCCGAGACUCCAGCACCCAAAGUGAUGAGGCCCUGUUGGAGCCUGAGAUCACAGUAGAGCCUGAGAAGCUAAAGACGUCUGAGGUGAUCUCAGCAGCUACAACUGACACCUCGGAGGAGCCGCUCAAGACAUUCAAGAGCAUCAGCAGCGCCGAGGCAGAGGUGGUUGAAAUCCUCAUUUAAUAUGACUUCAACGGCAACAUAGACUUUUGGCCGAGGUGUCGAAGGCUUUCCUCCACGUCUGAGUAAAGAAGGGCCAGUCGUCCUAUGUGAGCAGAGCAGUUUGCAAGCAGACUCAAACAUGCAGAGACCAGGAUGUGGUGCAGUUUUUGGUGAGGAGAGCUGAGCUUUCCACAAUUCACAAACUCUGACAUUUGCCUCAAGAGUCUGAAUCCUCCAAGGUACCUGGACAGUAUUGUGCACUGUGAUAGGAACUUCUUUUUUUCUGCAUGUUACUUGUUUUUUUUUUGUGAUGUAUUUAUAUUUGUAAAUGCUGCUCAUAUUGUGAUGUUACUUUUUAUGUUUGAGAGGUGAGAAGAACCAGGAUCACUUGCUUCGCUCCGCUCCACUUAAAUAAUGUGAUUUUUAUGUUCUCCUAUCUCGAUUAAGCGUGCAACCCUUCUAUGUUUGGUUGGGUUUAUUUUGAAGUUCCAGUAGCGAGCCUGUUACCGUGCCCUCUGAAAGUAGUGGGAAUAUUUCUAAUAUAAGCAUCCUCUGUGUAUCCAUACCAUGUUUGGGGAUUAUGCUGUGCAACAGAACGACUCCAACCUAAAUUAACAGUUGUUCUUCUCUUUAAAAUACAUUCGAGGCCCCUGCUCACGCCUCAGAGGAAGAUUUAGAAACUUUGAAACUCUCUUAAAAAAAACCUGCGAGGAUUGACGGGCGUCGCACGGGUGUCUAAUUUUCCACAUCCCGGGUUAAUGUUCGGGGCCCCGCAUGGCGACUGCCCAGCAUUUGAGCUCCCCUCCGCUGACACGCCGGAGCUAAUCUUCUCACAUUCCCUCGCUGAGGGAAUGCUCCCUUUAAAGAAAAAGGCUAUCUAAAGUCUGACCCCUCGCCCUUGUUAAAAUGGCACGCAUUCUCCACAUGAUUCUCUUUCUGGGGCUGUUUAUUUGGUCUGAGUCGGUGGUAGCUGGUUCUACCGCGAAACGGUCAACUAUAAUUGGCCUGCAUUUGCUCCUCUAUUUGUUGUCCCCAUUCCUGCUCAAGUAUCUCACAUUUCUGUGUGGACUGUGUCCUUACCAUGGAAUAUUCUAUUUAUUUCUCCCUGCAUAGUGUCGGAUCACUGAACACUGCUGAAUGUAGACUCCUGUUUCCCGGACUGUUUCCCCUUUUGUAUUUAACUGGAAUGUGCCACAAGUCAUCCUUGGAGGGGGAAUACCGCUAAGCUAAUAUGUUAUGCUAGAGUUGUCAGGUUCCAUCUUGACAAAUUAUCAAUGGGAGAGUAUUGUUUGAAGUCCCACAAACAGCACAUGAAAUCUGACAUUUGACUGGUAUUCCCCUUCAAGCUUUUUCACCACAUUUCCCGUCGCAAUGCGUUUGCUGGUCAAUGUACUGUGACAGUUUAAGUUAAUGCCCCUUCACUUUUUUUUUUUUUUUUGGAAUGUGUUUACAUGAAUGGCUAUUUGAAGUGAGAGAAGUUAAUAUAUUUUGUAGUUUUGUUUUUAUUACUUUUAUUUUUGUUUUGUUUUCUGGUGCCAAAGAUGUACUCUACUUUUAAGUUAUAACUGAUGACAAAUCCAGAAGGUCCUGUUGGGUGCCUUGCUUCAGCUGGUUGACCCAUUUUGAUGUUGCUGUGAACUUUUUUUAAAGGAAACAUUUGUAUGUAUACCUUAACAUUUCACUGUAAUAGAUUAAAAUUCUUAAUAUAUGUCUGAAAA